CAAGGGACGGGCGGCUACCUGACAGCUGUGAGCCAGGCGGUGGCGUUGGCAGCUAGGAGGGAAGGCGGUGACUACCGAGGUACGGCGGAGGACGGUAAAGGGGUGGGCGUCUUCCCAGACCCCUUUGGCCGGUGCUGUGCAGCCCGGGAGGAUGGCACGUCCUGCCUGCUUUCCCCGAGGCAGCCAAGUCCUGCGCUGACCACAGCUGCCUUCAGGACACUGGCCCGGAGCCACUGUCAGGUCGUCAGGCUGCUUGUCAAGGGUGGGGCAGCUGCAACUUGUGCUCUUCCUCGUGAAUCCAGCCUGGGGUGCCACCUGGCACUCAGCACGGCCACGUCUCUUCCCAAGUCCUUAUGAGCAGCACUACAUCUAAUCUUAUCCAUUGUAAGUAGGAGUGAGCAUUAACUACUUCAUCAUUCAUCCCAGUGCAGUUGUGCGACCUGGGGUACGUUGUCAUCAGCCUCCACAUAAUAGUCCAGGCAAGCAUAUGCCGUGGUGCACUGGAUCAUGGUGAAGUUCAGGAAAGACUACGUCCUGAGAGUCCAGACAGAAUCCAGGUUUGCACGGCAGCAGGUCAGCAUCUUGCAAGGAUCUGAAAAGAACUGAGGAAACUGACAAACCUGGAUGGCUACGCCUGACCAGAGAGUGGUCUCUAGACCCCAAAGACCUGCUCAGGGACUAAAGGGUAGUGGGGCCUUCCUGGGUCCCCUGGACAACCUGGAGUGUAAGGAGAGCCAGGAGCCAGUGCAGGCAGAGCUGGCCAUGCUGAGGAAGGCACAGGAAUUCUUCCAGACCUGCGACACAGAGGGCAAGGGCUUCAUCGCCAGGAGGGAUAUGCAGAGGCUCCAUAAAGAGCUGCCACUCAGCCUGGAAGAACUGGAGGAUGUGUUUGAUGUGCUGGAUGCUGAUGGCAAUGGCUUUCUCACUCCAGAGGAGUUCACCACUGGGUUUAGUCACUUCUUCUUCAGCCAGAACAAACCAAGUCAGGAAGAUGCAGGCGAACGGGUGGCCCAACUCUGGGAAGAGAAGGUGUAUCAGUCCAGAGCACAAGAGGAUCUGGGUGACAUGGAUGAAGAUGAGGAAGCCCAGUUCCAGAUGCUGAUGGACAGACUUGGAGCCCAAAAUGUUUUGGAAGACGAAAGUGAUGUCAAGCAACUCUGGCUGCAGCUAAAGAAGGAUGAGCCUCACUUACUGUCCAACUUUGAAGAUUUCCUGACCAGAAUCUUCUCCCAGCUCCAAGAAGCCCAUGAGGAGAAGAACGAACUGGAGUGUGCCCUGAAAAAGAAAAUUGCUGCUUAUGAUGAAGAAAUCCAGCAUCUGUAUGAGGAGAUGGAACAGCAAAUCAAAAGUGAGAAGGAACAGUUUCUCCUGAAAGACACGGAGAGGUUUCAGGCCCGAAGUCAGGAGCUGGAACAGAAGCUGUUGUCUAAGGAGCGGGAGCUGGAGCAGCUCGUCCAGAAGCAGAAACGGCUGGAAGGUCAGUGCACAGCCCUGCAUAACGACAAGCAUGAAACCAAGGCCGAGAAUGCCAAGCUGAAACUGACCAACCAGGAGCUGGCCCAGGAGCUGGAGCGGACCUCCCGGGAGCUGCAGGGUGCCCAGCAGCAGCUGGAGAGCCUCCAGCAAGAGGCAUGCAAGCUCCAGCAGGAGAAGGAAACGGAAGUGUACCGUGUGACAGAGAGUCUGCAGCGGGAGAAAUCGGGGCUCCUGAAGCAGCUGGAUUUCCUCAGGGAAAGGAACAAGCACCUUCGGGAUGAAAGGGACAUACGUUUUCAGAAAGAUAAGGCAGCCAAGGCAAACAUAGCUGCUUCCAAGGCAAGCAGGAAACAGAGGUCUGGCUCUGUGAUAGGCAAAUAUAUGGACAGCGGAGGGAUUCUUAGAAGCCAGUCAGAGGAGGAAGAAGAUGGGCUUGGCAUUCAGAGGAGGAGAAGCUCCCUGAGCCUGAGUGGGUAUCCCCUGACAGAAGAGGAGCCAGGAACCAGGGAGCAAGGGGCUGGGGGCCCACUCCCCCGGGCAUUCCGCAGAAUCAUCUCCAUUGAAGAAGACCCCCUGCCCCAGCUCCUGGAGGGCAGCUCUGAGCGGCCACUGAGCAGAUGUCCAGAGGAGGAGGAGGUCUUCAACCAGGGUGGGGAAGGGCAAACCCAGCAGGCCUGCUCUUCUCAGCUCAUGCCCACAUCUCCCCGAACACAGCCUGUUGGGAAGGAAGCUGUGCCUAAGGAGGAAGGCUCUCUUUCCACCCCAGACCAACUCUUCAAGAUUGUGUUUGUGGGGAACUCUGCCGUAGGGAAGACAUCCUUCCUCAGGAGAUUCUGUGAUGACCGGUUCUCCCCAGGCAUGACAGCCACUGUGGGCAUCGAUUACCGUGUGAAGAUGGUGCAUGUGGGUGACUCUCAGGUGGCCCUGCAGCUGUGGGACACGGCCGGGCAGGAGAGGUAUCGUUGCAUCACUCAGCAGUUCUUCAGAAAGGCCGAUGGCGUCAUCGUCAUGUAUGACCUCACAGCCAAACAGUCCUUCCUGUCGGUCCGGCAGUGGCUGAGCAGCGUGGAGGAAGCUGUGGGAGACCAGAUUCCUGUACUUCUGCUAGGCAAUAAAAUUGACAACGAGAAAGAGCGGGAAGUUCCCCGGGGCCUUGGAGAACAGCUUGCCAAGGAGAACAAUUUGAUCUUCUAUGAAUGCAGUGCCUAUUCUGGUCACAAUACCAAAGAGUCCCUGCUCCAUCUGGCCAGGAUCCUCAAGGAGCAAGAAGACACAGUGAGAGAGGACACCGUUCAGGUUGAUCGCCCUGCCAAGAAGAAAACCUGCUGUGGCUGAUAGGCACCUCCCAGGUCUGCUCCACCCAGGCCUGGGCUCACAGGACCUACAAUGAAUCCAGCACAUGGCUCCUGCACAGAUGCCCCUACCAAGGCCAGCCCAGACCGUUGUCCUCCCCCAUAAAGAAGGGGAGCACCUCUGGUCAAAAAAGCUGCUCUUGGAGCAUCUUGGAGUCUUUUCUUGCCCUACUUUCUCUAGACCCCAGAUGCCCAUUCUUUCCCUUCUUCCCCCCACCCUUCCAGAUUGACUUCCUGGGAAGAAGAAACAGAUGGGUUUUUCCAGAAAAGCCACCAUGUGCCUUCUCCACCUCCCUUCUCUCCCCCACCCUUGCCUUUAGGAGCCUCAGCACUGCAGUUGCCACGGUAACAGUGCAGGGCUGACUUGCUGCUUCCUGCAGGCCACAGAUAUGGCACUUAGGCAAUGAAUGCCAAGGUGGUUGGUCUGGCUAUGGCUCCUGUUCUCUGGAUGCCAAUGGGACACUCUUGGCAUAUGCUUCAUGGACCUCAAGAUACCUGCAUGGUGUUGAGGGGAGCAAACCAGGAUACCCAUAUCUUAUUCCCCACCCUCAGGGGUCCUGUUCUUUCCCAGACGUCAGGGCCCAGCCUCUCUCAGCAUCCACAGGGCUAUGGUGUUUGCCCCAGUGGGUUCCCUGGAACAGUGCCUUACAAGGAACCCACAGCCUUUACUCCUCACCACCCACCCACAGGCAGAACUCCCAGGUGGCCUGGGGGUGAUAAAUGUGUGCCUGGGGUUAGGGAGUGGGCUCACAUGCUGCCUAACCUCCAGAGAUGAAAAGAAAACUAGGGGGGAAAGCCCAUCUGCUGCUCAAAAGAAAGACCAUUUCUGGAGGGUAUAAAUAAACUGUAGCUAUGUAAAGCCAUUUUCUAAAUGUUUCUCAAAAUAGCUCUUUGAAAAAAUGGUACAUGAUGAUUAACAGGGUAGAUUGACAUGCCAGCGGUUAGGCCCAACAUCACAUCCAUAGUUACUGACUUCAUCUUUUUUUUUUUUCAGAAAACUAUUUAAAAAAAUAAAGUAUG